AUGUCAAGCAAGAGACAGACUAUUUCACCCAUCCCAGCUGAAGUUAGACAGAAAGACAAACACGACAUCUACCAUCCUACCUCUUCCCACAAUAAUAUCGUCCUGAUCAAACAUCAUCAAAACACCAUGCCCUCUACCAUCGUCAACGAGAAGUCCAAUAUUGCCACCGAGGUGGCAUCCAUUAGGAGCACUUCAACCGCAUCAAGCUCGAGGAGCCUGUUGCCGAAGCAAUCCCACAGUCAGGACAAGAAAGCCCUGGCCAAAGAAACACCAGAGCAGAAGGCACUCAAGAUGCAGGCCAGGGCCACUCACUUUGCUCUCCGGUGA